UGAAGCUCAAUCCGGACACAGAAAUAUCAAGCCCAGAAAGAGAGAUCAAUUGCCAGGUUUCUUUUAGGCCACAAGUUGAUUAAGGUGGUUCAGGUAUGUUAGAGGCCAAGGAAGUGUAUCCGUUCUUGCUCUUUGUGAAUGGGUGGUUUAGUCAGCUCUUCACCCCCUGCUCCCAACCAGUCCUCCUAUCUACAAGCAGUCUCAAUACCCAACAGUAUCUUGGCAAAUGGUACUUCAUUGCAGCGGCUGGUGUGAAGGAGUCGGAUGUGCAGAUGUUCAGACAGAUGGACAGCACUGUGUUUCACCUGAAUGAGACCUCUAAAAAUGCACUACUGUUGACCGGAGCCAUGCGCGUGGGUGUUCAUUGCAUUAUGAAAAACUGGACCUACACUAUUCAGUCUGGCAAAGAUGAUUUGACAUCAGAAGGCAGGCCUGAGCUGCAAACUCUAGUGUGGAGUGGAGAGUGGCUGAACUGCACCCAGUGUAUCCUGCUGCAGGAGAUAGAGCGUCACUUGAACCCACUAGAGACACACGACACCCUCAACAGAUUCAUGCUUUACGCUCGUGACAGUGCCUUAUUGGAUAAUAAAGUGGUGACGGCGUUUCAGACCCAAACAGCUUGUAAAAACAUGGACAGAUUUGUCCAUCUCCCUCAAGAGAAAGAGCUUUGUAAAUUGGAGAAUAAGGUGUAGCACUUAGGCUUCCUGAUAUUUGUUGGAAUCUUCAAUCAAGAUCAUGCUAUGCAUCAAAAUAGGUUUCCUUUUGAUAGUUUAAUAUUAGCGUAUUGCCCACUCUAACUUUGAUCUAACUCAGAAACGUGGAACUAAUUCUCCUCUCAUUUCCCAUGUGUAAUAGCAAAACAAAUAAACAGAAAAAAGAACAGCUAUACAAAGCAUGUUCCAAAGUCUCAGACUGGUUAGAAUAGCACUAGUGACCCAUGCUUAGACUUCUUAGUUAUCAAGUUUUCUAAAAGUGUCUAUUUCCAGGCCAAUUUUUCACUUUCACUCAUUUCUCUUUUUGUGAGGGAUCUUUUAACUGUCAUGGUUCAGGCAUGGUUCACUGAACUGCAUUGUUCCACUCUUUGCCUACCUCCAUCAAUGGAGGCUGCUGAGUGGAGGAUGGCUCAUAAUAAUGUCUGGAAUGGAGUCAAUGGAAUGGUAUCAAACACUUGGUUUCCAUGUGGUUGAUACCAUUCCAUUGACUCCAUUCCAGCCAUUAUUAUGAGCAUUCCUCCCCUCAGCAGCCUCCACUGACCUCCAUCCAAAUACCAUUGAUAUACUAAGAUAAUAAUCCAGGGCUAGUUUAUGGGGGAGGAGCCACCCACGUAGUUACACUGACAGUGCAGGGGAAAUUCCCAUGAUGCUGCUGACAGAGCAGAAGCUCAGAGCACACAGUUGUUCACAACCAGAGUGGUCAUCAACAGUUCUCCUCUUCGUUUGCUUCAUUAACCCACUGUUCCUAGGCCGUCAUUGUAAAUAAGAAUUUGUUCUUAACUGACUUGCCUAGUUAAAUAAAGGUCAAAUAAAAAUACAAAAUAAAAUAAAAAUACAAGAGGAAAUGGAGAAUUCUUUGAGUUAAUAGUUUCUAAAAUAAUU